AUGGUGCACGCGGACUCUUCGAAUUUUGAAGCAGGCGUGAGCAAGACAGCUGCCUACGACCAGAUCAUUGAGCAAGCAGAAGCUCUUUUUGACUGUCAGCGCAAUUGGGUUAGCAACACAGCAAAUGCCGCUUCCCUUCUGUGGCAUUGCUAUCAUGCCCUGCCAUCCCCUAGCAACAAAGUGAACUGGGCUGGAUUUUACGUUGCAGAUCGUGCAACUGAUCAGCAACUCAUCCUUGGGCCUUUUCAAGGCAAGGUCGCAUGUCAGACCAUCCAAUUCGGAAAGGGGGUGUGUGGUGCUGCGGCAGCGAGUCGUACAACGCAGCUCGUACCCGAUGUCGAGAAAUUUCCUGGCCAUAUUGCGUGUGACGGAGACUCGAAAAGUGAGAUUGUGGUACCCAUAGUGGUGAAGGACAAGGUGGCCAUCAUUGAUAUCGAUUGUGCGAUUGAGAGCGGAUUUGAUGAGGAAGAUAGAGCAAAGCUAGAAAAGCUGGCUGCCGUUCUUGCCGAUGCCUGUGACUGGUAG